UCUCCUAUAUAAAGAGGGCGCAAACUAGCUAUCGCCAUUCACCGAGUACCAGCGAACACACAGCUGAAAGUGACCUAUCUUGGUACUUUUUCUCUCGGAAAAGAAGGCAAUGGCGGUGAGAGGGAAGUUAGAGGUGGAGGUGGAUCUCAAGUCAUCGGCCGACCAGUUCUACAGCUUCUUCCGGAACACCCCGCACCACCUUCCCAAUGCCUGCACCGAGCUGCACGCCGGGGAGAUUCAUGAAGGUGAAUGGGCAUCUGCGGGCUCCGUUAGGAAGUGGACGUACUCAGUUGAGGGGAAAAAGGAGAAAUUCAAGGAGAAGAUUGAGUUUGACGACGGGAAUAAGGCCGCAAUCCACGUCGGCGUUGAGGGCGAUGUGUUCAAGUAUUACAGGAGCUACAAGGCCAUCUGGCAGGCUGUCCGCAGGGACGGCGGACCAGACGUCGUCAAGGUGAUCAUCGAGUACGAGAAGUUGAACGAGAGCAUGCCGCACCCGGUCAGCUACCUCGAUUUCAUGGCUAACAUGGCUAAAGACGUUGAUGCUCACCUCGUCAAGGCCUAAGCCUGCGAAGAAAGAGGGAAAAAGGAGUGUGAUGUCUGCUUGUGUUUCGAAUAUCCAAAUAAACAAGCAUAAAUAAGUGGAGAGUGAUCGGCACUACUCAGUGCUGAACUCUCUCAUUUGAUUUUGUGUCUCUCUCCCUCUCUCGAAUUCACUUUCUCUUUUGUUUGUGAAUAUUGAUUACGUGGUUUAAACUUUCUCUUUUAUUUGUGA